GGACUAAUCAAAGGCACUUGUAUGGAGAGGACUAUUGGCCUCUGAAGGGAUCGAGCCAGUUCAGGGCCAGCCUGCUGCUCCUUCUCUCCUUCUCUCCCUCUCUCACUCUCUCUUCCUGUCCUGUCUGUUUAAGGAGAGAAAGUUUGGGAAAUUCCUUCAAGCUACUUUACUUCAGGUUUCUGUGGGAUUUAAACAUGCACACUGAGGUUUUGGUACAGUCCAUGUUAGUACCGUUGUUUCUCAUUCUGCUCUCUACGGUGGAGGACACUUUGUUACAGUCGGUGAGCCAGGUGGGUGGUGUAUGCAAGCUGUCCACGGAGUCGUCCCUGCGCCGCUGCCGGACUAGUGAUGGCAAGGUCUGCAGUGGGCGGGGAAAGUGCGACUGUGGCGUCUGCAUCUGUGAGGCAAGAGAGCCCGGGAAGUUUUACGGACCACGCUGCGAGUGCCAUGACUGGGUGUGUUCCACAUUUAGUGGAAAAACUUGCAAUGACCGCGGCUACUGUGACUGUGGGAUGUGUGAGUGCGACGACGGCUGGUCUGGAGAUGCCUGCCAGUUCCAGGAGGAGUGUAACCUACCCAACAAGAAGAGCAAAGAGCUCUGCAAGAACCCUCAGGGGGUGGUGUGCUCCAACAGAGGAACCUGUCAGUGUGGCAGCUGUCUGUGCAACAACGAGGACAACAGGGGUCUGGUGACGGGACGAUUCUGUGAGUGUGACGACAGCGAGUGCCUGGACGAGGACACAGGAGAGGUGUGUGGAGGCCAUGGCCAGUGUUACUGUGGAAACUGUUACUGCGCUGCUGGUUGGCAUGGAGACAAAUGUGAAUUCCAGUGUGACAUCAGCCCAUGGGAAAGCAAGCGGAGAUGCACAUCUCCAGAUGGCAAAAUCUGCAGCAACAGAGGGACUUGUGUGUGUGGGGAGUGUAACUGCCACGACGUAGAUCCCUCCGGUGACUGGGGAGAUAUCCACGGAGACACAUGCGAGUGUGAUGAGAGGAAUUGUCACGCAACCUACGACCGAUACACGGACGACUUCUGCUCAGGUCAGGGCCAGUGUAAUUGUGGCAGGUGUGAUUGCAAGGACGGAUGGGCCGGGAAGAAGUGCGAGCAUCCUCUGUCUUGCUCGCUGUCUCUGGAGAGCAGUCUGAAGAAGUGUCGCGGAACGUCCAAUUUGCCCUGCUUCGGACGAGGUCAGUGUCGCUGUGGACUGUGUACCUGCCACCCACCGGGGGACAGUCGGGUUUACGGCAAAAACUGUGAGUGUGACGACCGUCAGUGUGAGGACAUCGGUGGAGAAGUCUGUGGAGGUCACGGUUUCUGUUCGUGCGGACGCUGCAUCUGCCAGGAGGGCUGGUUCGGGAAGCUGUGCCAGUUCUCAAGGGCCUGUGACAUGAGCGACGACCAAAGCAAGGAGCUGUGUGAGACGUCUGACGGAGUCGUGUGCAGCGGGAAAGGUUCCUGUCACUGUGGCCAAUGCAUUUGCUCCCCCCAAGAAUCGUGGGUGUCUGGCGAGUACUGCGAGUGUGACGACCGAGAGUGUGACAAACAUGACGGCCUCAUCUGCACAGGGAACGGGCUGUGCAACUGUGGCAGCUGUGAGUGCUGGGACGGCUGGACAGGGAACGCCUGCGAGAUCUGGGUGGGAGCGGAUUAUUGAGGAGAGGAGGACACUGAGUUUAGAGACAAGAGGACUGGCUGCCAGGAGCGACCAGAUCACCGCUGAUGGUCACCACCAGGCCGGUCGUGACUUAACAUGGAGGAGAUUCUGCAUACCAUUAACAGCAUUCAUUCUUUUAUUGUACUGGUUACAAAUUUUCCUUUUCAAACUGUAAAACUGGGUGUUGUAGGUGUAAAACAGACAAAAAUAUUACCAUGUACACAAAAAAGCUUAAUGUGUUAUUGUUAUAAUAUAUAGAAAUGCUUAAAUAUUGAAGAUGACUACACUUAAAGAGAUGCAGGAACAAUAACAACAAAGAAAUAUCUUUGAAAUAUAUUGGAUACUUAUUAACUGUACAUAAGAAGUGGACAUAGCCCCUGGUCACAAAAGUGAAACCAAUGCCAACGUGCCUUAAAUCUAUAUACUCUUCUAAUCACCAGCAGGGGGCGACCAUGCCGAUUGUAUAGAACCAGAUGGGGAAAUGAGACUACUUCUCGCUUGAUUUUUUAGCUUUGUAAUCAUUUUUUCAAGUUUAUGGCCUUAAAAAUUAAAUUUCAAGUCUUCUUUAAAACAAUGUGAAGCAAAACUUUGGUGCCAUUAUGAGAAAAGUUGUCAAAAAAUUAGCCACAGAUACAUUUUUAUGCUACAUUUUUAUAUCUCACAGGAGGUGUUUCCUAUGAUGCAGCAUGCCUGCAUUUGUAGAGUAGCUUAUUCACCACCCAUCACAGUAGCUGGCAGUAAUAGCCUUGAAUGCUGGCUGUCACUUUUGAUUAAACGCCAAAUUUAGUGAUUUGGAUUUGGAUUGUCAUUUCAGAGGUGUUGCUAGGACCUGAAGCUAGAUCAGUUGAGAACCACUGCUUUAAGAAGCGGCUAUCUGUAACUGUUUAGUGGCUCUAAGGGCAGCCUGUAAACCAGGAAAGCCAAAUAUGGCCAUUUCUAUAUAUAUACUUUUUUUUUUUUAAGUGAACAUUAAGCUUCAAAAGAAGGGGACAAGGUGGCUACGUCCACUUCUACAGUCUAAAGAGAUUGCAGGUGGACAAUACAAGUCUGUUUUUUAAUGUGUACAGAGCAUUGACUGUAUAGAAACAUGGACGUCACAACAGCUCCUCCAAAGUGAAGCCAAAACUGUUAUAGCUUCCCCUGGUGACUGGUUGCAGUGUAAGCCUUUAAUUCAGCCUCCCCAUGUUAACAGAUGGAACAUGAUUCAAACUACAUGUCAAAUUAUUUUUCUAAAUAUAGUUAAUAGUUCAGUAGCUAUGAUGCUGACUCAUGUCCCACUAUUUGUUUUUCUGAGAAGUUUAAUUUUAAUCUGUUAUUUGACAUUAAAAAGAGGGGAUGUAGUGUCAUGAUUGACAGCUCACUUGACAAAUGCAGCUUCUGCAGCAGUCUUUAUCAACACAACAAUCUGUUCUGAUGAGAACUGUACUGACCUGGCUGAUCUUUGAUGUUUAAGCUGUUAGCUAAAUGUGUGUGUUGGUUAGCAGAAGGGCUGUGAUGUCAGUUUCACAGCUUCAUCUGUCAGAUUGCUUCUGUUCAUGCCUUUGCUUCAGCAUACAUCACCAUGGGGGACAACAAAUCAAAGUGCUAUUUUGGCUUCACUUUUUUACAACUGGACAUGGAGGCAUGUUGUCUAUCUUUAUAUGCAGUCACUGAUACUGAGUGAUGUGUUGUUGAAAAGCUGUAAAGAAGGUUAACAUGAAAGCUGGAGGCAGAUGUUACUGUUUGAGGUUUUUAUUUCUUUUUAAUAAUAAAACAUUAAAUGUGCCGCAUGACACAACAUUUUGCAUGGAAAACAAUGCGAAGACCUUAAUCAUACAUGGUUACAAAUUUGUUAUAACAUGACAUAACUCCAAUGGGCAUACUUGCAAUGGUAUAUAUAUUUUAUUUUGAAAAUAAAUCAUUUUUAAUAGUGCCUAUUCUCAAACAGGGGGGAAAACCAAACCAAACAAUCUGCCAUGGUACCCCACGCAGUACUGCAGCUACAGUACAAGACAGACGGAUCUCACUCAAACUCAUACUAGUGAUAAGGUUAAACUCUAAGUGGAGGAAACAAAGAGAGGGCAUACAUAGUUCAGUUGUGGCAUGCUGGAUGUCCAUGUCACUUCAAAAGGUGGCAUCAGGGGAUGAGAGCUGCAUUGACAUAAGAGCUCUGUCACCACUUGAAAAAGAGGACCGAUAAGAAGUCACAAAGAAAAUUUAAUGUAAAUUCUACUUUGGCCUUUUUCAUGCUUAAACUAGCCAACCCCUCUGUUUUCUUCGUCCCAUCAGAAAUGAAAGGUGCAAUAAUAUACUGCACACUAUAUUGCAUUAAGUAUGUUACUGACAUUACAGUACAGUACACCCUUUAUAUAAAUAUUUUAAUCAAUAUGUUGUAUAGGUGUUAUACAACAAACACAAACUGUAUAGUGUAGACAAACUCGUUGCAUAUAUGUAUGUAAAAUUAGCGGUACAUACCAACAGUUCUUGAUAGACAUAGCCUACUACAUGCAGUUCAUCGAUGCCAUCCUCUCCCCAUGCAACAGAUGGGACAACGUACAAAAUAAGACGUUAAAAAAAAAAAAACAGAAGGAACUCAAGAGUGCUAGAAUAUUCUGAAGAGAGGGACAAAGAAACGCAAAAGUGAUCCAGAUCAGGAGACGACAUCACACUCGACUGAAAAAUACCAAAAGAAAUGAAGACAAACAGAGAAAGAAAGAACAAAAGAACAGAUGUACAUUUACACACCAGUCAUUUACAAAAAUAAAGUCAGCCUUGUUGGGCUGGAGCAGCAGCCAGCCCAGCAUGUAGAGUUUGUCAGAGUGGAGGGUGAUUGGCUGUCAUCGGGGCAGAGACUCCGCCCCUGAAUGCAGCAGCUUUAAGUGCGCCAUUUCUGUUUCAGCACUAACAGCUUUGUACAGACAAAUAUUGAUCUGAUGUGUUUUGAUGUCCUGUAAGAAGAGAUGGUCAUGUGUAAUCCCAAUAAAUUAUAUUUACCAAAUCAA